UUUUUUUUUUUUUGGCGUUGUACCAUUUAACAUACAAGCCACGCAUAAAUGUUAAAAUAGAAUCUUUUCGACACUACGUAAAUUAAUCCACAACCUUAGUUUCAUUCAAACAAAGCAAACAUCUCACAUUUGCUACAUCGGCUCUUUGACUUGUUGUACAUAGAAACAUUGACAGCGGGGACAACAAACUAUCCAGCUGGUUGAGGCUAGUCUGUCAGUGUUCAACUGUGUUUAUCGUAUUUCUUCAUGUGCAGUUUGUUUGGAAGAAUAUGGCUGUGUAUAAAUAAUAUUCCCUUGGGGUCACCUGUUUUUCAUUUUAUCAAAGUGCUACCGGCUUUAAAAAAUCGGUUGACACCUUGACGUUGGGUCAAUAGCGACUUAAGUCUGGAAGCUUGUAACCCUCCUCGUGCACGAAAGCCCAUAUGGCGACUCUUUCAAACCGUACAGUCUUGUAGAGAUUCAAACAAUCUUUACGUUUUGCAGGUUAAGCCCAGUUGAAAAGGAGUAAGGCGGAGACAACACAAGUUCUAGUUAUUCAGUGAUUGGAGGUUUGGUUGGAUCAAAUAAAAAGGAGAGAGAUUAACGAAAGACAAAUGUAAACCCAAUUCAAAGGAUUGCAAUGACACUGCGGAACAACAAGCCUUUUGUACGGUGAAAACCAAAUUAGAACCCACAUGCUGAAAAUAAUGAUAAAACAAAGUACGCGGAAACUGGAACAAACUUAACUGAUGGCGUCCUUUCAGGUUGACAACGUAAACACUUCAAGGAAUGCAAGUCAGCGGAUGAACAGUUCCAACGACACGGACUCGACAAACACGAAACUGUCGAUGGAACUCUUAACAGUGAUUCAAAUCACUUGCUAUUCUGUUAUUAUCGUCAUUGGUACCAUUGGAAACUUGAUGCUGAUCAUUAACUUGGCUCUCAAGCGCAGCCGCAAAACUAGCCAGUAUUUUAUUUUAAAUCUCGCAGCGGUCGAUCUGUUGACUUGCACGCUAAGUAUACCGUUUGACAUCACUCUACUCGUGCUAGGCGGUUGGCCGUUUGGUCGGGUGAUGUGCAGGCUCGUUUAUCCUUUACAAACAGUUUUUAUGGCCGUUUCUGUGUCAACAUUGCUGUGCAUGGCGUUGGAGCGCCACCGUGCUAUACUCUACCCGCUCAAGCCCAAGAUGACCGGCACAGUUAUAAAACUGGUAAUAUUUCUCGUUUGGGCAAUAAGUGGUGGAUUAGUAUCGCCGUAUGCUGUUGCGCUUAAGAUGAAAGACGGCGAGUGCGUGGAGAAUUGGCCUGGUAACGAUCCAAGGUACCCGGAAGCCUUCACUCUAUGCGUGUUCCUGAUUCUCUAUUUGAGCCCACUCUGCGUCAUCACAGCGGCCUACGCUCGUGUGGGGGUAAGACUUCGUGCCAACAGUCUCAAGGCGGAGCUACUUGUUGGAACUAGUAGAGAUAAGAACCGAUUGUCUAAGUCCCGUACGCGUCGAAAUAUUCGAAUUGUUAAGUUUUUUGUCUUGGCCGUGGUCGCUUUUGCCGUGUGUUUAUUGCCUUUCCAGGUCAUGUGGAUGUGGAGUGACUUCGGAAAUGGUCAGAAAUGGAAACAUUUCAACACAUUACUCACUUUCGCUAACGUAAUGGUUUAUGCCAAUAGCGCUGUCAACCCUUACAUAUUCGGCGCUCUUGGUCGCAGAUACAGUUCUUGCAGGUGCCUUCACCGGCCACGAAAGCAGACACCACGUCAUUUCAAACGUGGCACUUUUCCGUUUUGUGGCUUCUGCACGAAGACGAAGAAGAACUCUUCAGUAAACCGAAAUUUGGUUUCUCCUGCAGGCAGCACAUCAAACCGAAGUACAAGUCCAAUAGAGAAAGGAAACCGCCAUAGAGAAAAACAAGUUAACAUUCAGUUAGAAUCAAUGGUUUAAAGUCUGAGGGACAAAACGAAAUUACUUUCCACGUUCACAAGAGGUUGAUCUGCAUGAAGUAGAUAGAGACACUGAUGGCGGUAAGAAAACUCGAGCCAUCGGCGAGUUUUUCCUCAGUUUUAAACUGAUCUCAGUUAACUAGCGUGUCUUGUGACCCAGAUAGUACAAUACAAGACUCUCUUCUUUGUCAGUCUUAUGCUAGGACUCGAUUUUAUGAGGCGCAAACAAUUAUACAUUCCAUGUUUUAUCUCAGGGUGCGUUCCUUUGGGGUGAUCUGGGUCAGGAUCAGUGAUCCGAGAUCACUCAGAUCAUGGUACAUCAAAGGAACCGAUGAAUCAGUGACCAGAGAGGAUUCUUCGAUUCCUUUGAUGCCCCAUGAUCUGAGUGAUCUGAUCCAGAUCACCCCAAAGGCACGCACCCAUUGAUAAGAUGAUGUGAUACUCUGAUA